AUGUGUUAUUGGCGACACGUUUACUACAUAGCCUGCAAGCACUAUACCAGAGACUCUGUCGAAUGUAUCGACGCCGAUCGUACAGGCAUGCGCUGCGAAGGCUGGGAUGCCGACGACAAGGAAGUCGAAAGUCGGACGGGGAAUGGUACAUUCUACACUAAGGCUUUACCGGAAAGGUGUAUGGAUUGCAAGUACCUGGCCAAUAUGCGUCGAGAUACAGAUGACAAGAAGUCUGGAGUCGGUUCCGGAGGGAAUCCUUCGAGGACUAAGGCUGAGGCUGGAUGA